GGCCAGGUCGUGCUCGUGGAAAACGUCGCGAGUAUCUGAGGCACGACGGUCAGGGACUUCACGCAGAUGAACGACCUGACCGAGAAAUUCGCCGGCAAGUUCACGUGCCUCGGCUUCCCGACGAACCAGUUCGGGAAGCAGACGAACGAGAAGGACUGGGAGCUGCUGCCCAUGCUCGCGCACGUGCGCCCCGGCGGCGGCUUCGUGCCCAACUUCCCCAUCUUCACCAAGACCGAGGCCAACGGCGAGGGCGCGUCGGACCUGUUCAAGUUCCUCCGGUCGUCCCUCGGCGCGCCGAGCGACGACUUCAAGGGCCAGGGCAGCGACUACGUCAUCUCGACGAAGAACAUCAUCUGGACGCCCGUGACGCGCAGGGACCAGCGUCGCUCGGUAGGCACGGACCUCGCCUGGAACUUCGAGAAGUUCCUCAUCAACCAGGAGGGCAAGCCCGUGAAGCGCUACUCGCCGGGCUUCCUGACCGCGGACGUCGCCGCGGACGUCGAGGCCCUCCUCGAGCACGGCCCCGACGCCCUCGGC